GCCUGUCACACAUAAAAACAAUUGUCUCUGUCCUUUGUGCUUUCAGAAGCUGUCUUGACCCACGGGCAACACCUCAGGUUUCACAAUGGCGGACGACAAUCCUCCUACUCCAUUGCCCCCUCGAGUGCAAGCCAAGCCGAAGUCUAAGAUUUCUGCGUCUCGAAAACUCUCGCUGAAGAUCCUUUUGCUCCAAAGAGCCAUGGAGGAGUUGGAACAGGAGACGGUCAGUCGAGAUGAGGACAAGGUGAAAUAUCUGAGCGAGAAACUUCCGCCUCUUCAGAUAACUGGCCUCUCAAUGGAUGAGUUGCAGAAACUGUGUCGGCAACUCAAUGCCAAAAUCGACGUAGUGGAUGAGGAGAGAUACGACUUUGAGGCCAAAGUGAAUAAAAACAACAAAGAUAUCCAAGAGCUGAAGCUGAAGGUGCAAGAUUUAGGAGGGAAGUUUAAGAAACCUGCCCUGAGGAAGGUGCGUGUGUCUGCGGAUGAGAUGAUGAGAGCGCUGCUGGGGUCCAAACACAAGGGCUCCAUGGAUCUCAGAGCCAACCUCAAAUCUGUGAAGAAAGAAGACAUUAAACAAGAGAAGGUUAUGUCGUCGGAGGUGGGCGACUGGCGUAAGAAUGUUGAGGCCAUGUCUGGUAUGGAGGGCAGGAAGAAGAUGUUUGAUGCUGCUGGAGGAGGACAGUAAUAGGAGUGUAUAUAAGAGUGUGUAUAACUGUGUAUAUGUAUGCGUGUGAAGAAAAUUACCUGAAACCAGUCACCAGUAAAAAAUAAACAAUAUGCAUUAUUACAAAUACAAAUCAAAAGAAAGCUUCUAACUAGGCCUAUAUAUAUGAAUAUGGAAAUGUUUAAUGUUACUUGCUAUUUGCCCAUUUAAGGUUAAUAAAAUUUUGAUUGUGCUAAAAUUGUG